AUGAGGGCAGUGAACGGAGUAUUUACAGUCUCAAUAAAGUAUGAAAGUUUCCUCGAAAAAGAGCUGCUAUUGGACCACCUAUGGAGCUCUUGGGUGCUCUCGCGGUCUGAACCAAGGAUCACCUCGUUCCCUGAAGCCGUCGCGGCGGGACCCGACCAAGAGAGGGAAAAGGGCAUUUCAUCGCGUAACGAGUCGGUGGUACCCGAGGCAACAAAAGAACAGCAAAAGAAGAGGUCAAAGCUUGCAGCAUUGCAACAUCUCCUGAGUCAACCAAGGAUUAAUCAACUCCGAUGUAUGGAUCCGAAAAUAGCCCUCCUAGUCUUCUAUCUAAUAUUUUUAUUGCCCAUAUACGGUGACCUUCGGAAAAAACUAAAAGGGUUCGAAAUUAUUAACACCGCUCGAAAAAGAAUAAAUAAACGGGAUCUGCUAGAGAAUGGGCGGUCUGUGGUCGAAAUCGAGCUGUCGGAAAAGACCUACAAACUCCAUCUGGAGCCCGCGAAAGGUCUGAUCGAUUCAAAAUUUCGAGCGAUAUUGCGACAUCCCGAUGGCGGGGUAGAAAUUGAGAAUAUUGGAGUUGAUGAGCUGUUUCAUGGGCGAGUAGAAGGCUGCUUGCGUUCCUGGGUACGCCUGGUCCACAGCCCCGGGAAUGGACUUUUCGGGGCAUUUUCCUGUGAUAUAGAACAGAUCUACCUAGAGCCCCAUUUCUUGCAUAAUGCCACUGCCCCUGACGAUGAAAUGAUUGUCUACAGGCAAGCA